AUGCCUAUGUAUGAUGAUGAAAAUAAACCAUGGGGAAAAGCUGAAAUAGAAAAAUUAACUCAAGCAGUUGGAGUUUAUGGGGAGGAUUGGACAUUUAUUUCUGAAAAAGUUUUUUUAAAUUUAAGAUCAGGUUUGGCAAUAGCUGAAAAAUGGACGCGCAUAAGAUCAAAAUUAGGUGUUAAAGAAUCAAAUGUAAAAAAGAAAAUUAAAUUAGAAAAUGGUGAAGCUAAAGUUCGAAUAACUGAUUCUCAAAAAAUUGGUCAAAUAAAAAAUAUUAUUUCAGAUAAAACGUUUCAUACCCCAUCAAAAAAAGAAGAUAUUUCUUUAAUUCCUCCUAAUCAAUACUUUUCUGGUUCGACAAUUUCCUCACAAAGUGACUCUGAACAAGAGUCAAGUUAUCAGAGGAAAAGUCCAGUCCCCGUAAAACAAGUAUCUGUACGUUCUAAGACUAAAAAUAGUUGGACUAUAGAAGAAGAAGAUUUACUUGUAGAAGCUGUUAAACUUCAUGGCACUAGUUGGAAAUAUAUAUCAGAAAAUUAUUUUAAUUCUCAAAGAAAACCAAAUACUUGUUCUAAUAGAUAUCGACAAAUUCAUAGUCGAUAUGAUAAUCCUUCAAUAUCUCCAUGUGAAAGGACAAAAGGUUUAAAAAAUCAAAAUGUAAUCCGAUCACCUACUGAUCAAAAACUUGAUGAGACUGAAGAUACAAUGACUGGAUCAAGUAUAUCAACAAUUAGUGAAUUUUCUCCUAGUUGGGAUCAAGAAAUGUCAUUUUCAUUAUCUCUUAGUCAAGAUCAAGAAAUAUCUUUAUCCAUGGUGAAUGAAAUAAAUUCUUGGGUUGAUAUGGAAGAUGAAGCUCUUCAAACUGCCGUAUUAUUAUAUGGUGAUAAAGAUUGGGAUAAAAUAAAAAACAUUUUACCACAUAGAAAACAAGUAGAGCUAGUUGCUCGUUGGAUAAUUUUAAAAGAAAAGUAUCGACUUAUAUUACCUACAGACUUUAAUUCUGAACCUAAAAUAACCGUUCCAUUUACUGAAGAGGAAGAAAAUAUUCUAUCUCUUGGUGUUGCUUUUGAUGGUUUUAAAAAUUGGCAUAAAAUUGCUCAAAAACUACCUAGACGUAGCCUUUCUGAUAUGAUUAUUCAAUGGAAUAUAUUAACACAAAGGAAACGCGAUAGAGAUGCAUACAAGAAAAUGCAGGACGAGCAAGAAGAGCCUCAAUUUUUACAAUCGAAUGAUAAUAAAACUUAUGAUAAUGCAGAUCCCUGGGGUAUAAAUAUUGAUGAGAUAGAUUAUUCCAAAGCGCUUAGUCCAGCUGGGGAGUGGGAUAGAUAUAUGAAGCGCAUUGCAGAAUUGCACCCAAAUGAUGCGAUGGAUAUUAACAAUAGUUUUCAAUUUGACGGAUAUACUUGA